CCACCAGUAUCAGGUAUUCAUGCUAGUGGUGAUGAUGGAGCAUAUUCUAUAGCGUUAUCUGGUGGUUAUGAAGAUGAUAUUGACCUGGGUGAAUGCUUUACUUACACUGGAGAGGGAGGGCGUGAUCUUAAAGGAACAGUCAAUAAACCUAAGAAUUUACGAACAGCCCCACAGUCUAAAGAUCAGACUCUAACCCGUGGUAAUUUAGCAUUAAGUAUAAGUUGUGAUACAAAGAAUCCAAUACGUGUUAUACGGGGCUACAAAUUAAAAAGUCAGUUUGCUCCUGAUGAAGGCUACAGAUAUGAUGGUCUGUAUACAGUAGAGAAGUGUUGGUUUACUACUGGUAUGUCUGGUUUUGGAGUUUGGAAGUUUGCUCUUCAAAGAUGUCAAGAUCAGGCCCCACCCCCAUGGACUGUUACACAGGUAUUAAAUAUCAGUAUAUUUUACUUGACAAAUCAUGAUUUUUUUCAUCCUCUGCGGCUCAUUAUUAAGUAA